GUAGCUUCUGGUCCUGUAACUCCAAAAAUAAAAGAGGCAGGACACAAAUGCAUAGUGUCCAUAGCCGAAAGACGCGUAAGGUGAUCACACUUAACAAUUUAAAUCAGCCCAUUGGUCCUACUAAAGAAGAUGUAAGAGAGUUUGGUAGCUUUCUCGGUACAUUGGCAAGGACUGCAACUCUUUGCCCAAUGGAUAUAUUGGAUUGGAGGAAAAUGGACACAAAAGACGAUUUAUGGACAUAUACCAAGGAAAAAACAAAGGAACCUGUAUCACUUAAGGAGAUGUUUGUGGCCACAAGAGCAAGAAAACCUGGGCAUGCGUACAAGCACUCACACGAAAAUACAACUAGUAAAAUUGUAUGAAUAUUAUCUAUAUGCAAGUUUUAGAUGAGAUCAUUUUAUUUAUUCUUCUUUCUUAUUUUUUAUUUACUUUAAUUCUUUUGUUGAAUUUGCUUUGUUAGG